GCAAGGUACUCCCCACCGUAACGAGACCGCUACACCCACUGUAUGCACAACCUAGCACAGGAACUCAACGGUACUUCCAGGUACUAAAAAUCCCACGAACCGAAACCGAACCUCGUCGCUUUUGUUUUUCCUCGUACAUAACCACCUCUCACUCGAACAAUGGCAGACGAGUCGAUCCGCAAAACCCCGAUUCCAGUCCCACACAUCUACGGCCAACCACCCACGCAAUCGGAAAUGUCCACUACGAACGAAGCCCCAGCGCCUGCCGGCAUCGAGCAGUCCAGCUCGGACCCCAUUUCGUCCUCAGCUCAGGUGCCCGCGCCUAGUACUGAGGCAGCUGCAUCCCCCAGCGCCGGCCUCACCACCAGCGCAGCGCAGGGCACAACCAGCACCUCCAACGCCGCCAGCCCGAACCCAACGACCGCCGCAACCGGCGCGCGAACAGGCACGCCUCUGCGCAACACCAACGGCGGCCAAGAGAACGCGAACGGCUCCUCGCGCGCCGCCUCCCAGCACCCCGACGCGGGAUUCACGAUGCCGGCCGAGGCACCUCCCCACGGUGCCCCCGCGCGCCAGUACCUGAACGCUCUGGUGACGGGCCCGCUGCUCGACGGCAUGAAGAUGCUUGUCAGAGAGAAGCCCAAGGACCCUCUCCGCGCUCUCGGUGAAUUCUUGAUCCAGCGAUCCAAGGAAACGGAGACGGCGUCGACAUGAUGGGUUGGACGGCAAACAAGCAUAUGCACGGAGUUACGGUUACGGUUACGGUUACAGGAAAAAGAAAAAGUCGUUUCUCGUUGCUAGGGUCUGCAUGGCAUCAUGGAUUAGGCCAUUGAUGGAUGAUACCACAUUGCAUUAGGGCCCUGAAUUGCUUUUGAUACAGAGGAGGAUUUUCGUGGAAGUCGGUAUGCGCAAGUCAAGUCUAUAAGAGCACACUGCAAAGCCUAUUAGGGGAUAUGCGGUCAUAAUACCAUUUUUCACGAAGACGUAA